UUGACCACCACACCGUUGGGUGUUGAGCCUCCUGCAGUCCUGCCUGACUUCCUCACUCUUUCCCGUUUAAGCGCGGGUAAUCAAAACGACUCACCUCUCUCGUACACCCGACAGUCUAACAUCCCACUCUCUCUUCCUCCGUCUCUUUCUCUCUCUCUUGGGUGGAGCGAAUUGCAGUACAAGUACUUUCAGAAUGCGAGUAAAAUAUAGCGUGUCUAAUACUUGAAGGAGAAUCGUUGAAGAUGAUGAGUGGUAGGAGGCCUCAUUUCUUGGAGGUUUUUCUUCCUAAUUUGAGCUCUAACAGGCUGAAAGUACCAUCUAAAUUUGUUAAGCACCUCGGGGGACGAACUUCCGGAUCUCUCUCUUUGGUAGGACCAAGUGGUAACAUAUGGCAUGUCAAUCUAUUUGAGUACAAUGGUCACUUGUUUUUCCAAGAUGGAUGGUCUACAUUUGUUAAGGAUCAUUCCAUAGAGUGUGGUGACUCUCUAGUCUUCGAAUAUGAUGGAGAUUCGAAUUUCACCGUACAAAUUUUUGAUCAAAGUUCAUGUGAGAAAGACGAAGCCUUUUAUGCAAAUUGCACGCAAUUAGCUUCUGAAUGCUGUGAAAACUUGGGAAAGAAAAGAGAAAGGGAUGUGGAAGCUCCCAAACUAAAAAUAGUUGCUGAAAAGAAAAUGAGGGGAAGCUGGCUACCUGUUAAUCUAUAUGUUCCUGCUGAAAACAAGGAACACAAGUUAAAAACACGUACCAAGAAUUGUCAGGACUUCAGGAAAACUGUAACGAGUGGGCAUGAUAUUACAACUAAGAACUUUGCCCAGUCAUCUGAUAGGACAGUUGUCUUGGCUAUUGCUGCUCCUAGAGGACCUGACGGGAUGGCAAAUUCAGUAGAUUUCCGUGUCAGAAAAAUUGCUUCAAAAGUGAAAAAAGUUUUGAAAAAGACAAUAAAAACUCACACGCAGAACAUUCCUAGCAUAUCGAAGUUCAUAGAGUCAAAGGCAGCUCAAUACUUCACAUCAACUUUUCCAUAUUUUGUGAGAGUUAUGUGCUACUCCAAUAUCAGUGGUAACAGUACACUGAAAAUUCCUACUCAUUUUUCGAGACUGCAUUUUCCAAACUGCCGAAUAAAAGUCACCCUGAUGAAUUUAGACGGGAAGUGCUGGAUCGUGAAUUCUAUUCCAUCUGCAAAACAACAUAUGACAACGCAUACACUUUGUGGUGGCUGGAUAGCCUUUGUUCGUGGUAACAGUAUCAAAAUAGAAGACGUGUGCAUAUUUGAGCUCGUAGGUAAUUUUGAAAUGCGUGUCCGUGUUAUACGUCUAGGUUUGGAAGGAAUGGAAUGUCAAAUAGGAAGCAUUCCUGUUGAUGAUGAUGGUGUUACAUCGGGUAGACAGUGUCUUGGAACAGUCGAAAAUGUAGCACAAGCUACAGGAGUGCAUCCUUCAAAAGAUUUAGAGCAAACAAUUGAGCCAUGCACAUUUCAAGACAAUAAGCAUGAAAAGAAAACAUAUAAAAGGCCUUAUAUGCUUCAAGAGGCUGCAUCCUCCAUUGGCACAGUUGCUGGUUCUAUAUUUGUAAAGGGUCCUGCCUAUGCUUCCAAAUCUUCUAUUGAAACUGGUGAUGAUUCUACAUCAGAUGAUCUUCUAGUGUGUAAUGCCGGGGAAACUAUAUCAUAUCAAACAAGCGCAAACAAUCAGUUAGAUUUACAAGCCGUACCAACUAAAAACAUGCAGCCUAGAGCUGAAGAAGCCAGUGAAGCUGUAGCUUUUAAUUCUCCUUUUCCUAGUUUCAUGAAGGUCAUGAUGAGCUCUAAUGUUGGUGGUUCAUUUACUCUGGCUGUGCCUAGGAAGUUUUCAACUGCAUAUCUUCCAUGUUACAAGACUGAGGUCAUUCUUCGUAAUUUGAGAGGGGAAUCUUGGAAUGUUACUUCAGGUCGUUAUGGAUAUCAGACAAAGUUCUAUGGAGGCUGGAUGUCCUUUGCUCGUAUGAAUGGCCUGAAAGUCGGGGACACAUGUGUCUUUGAACUUAUUGAUGAGAGGGUGUUGCAGGUGCGUGUAUUUGAGGGUCGUCAAAAGGCGCUGAAGAAUUUAAAUGAUGAAGCUGUAGCUGAUGAUUUAACAGUCUCCAUUGAGUCCAUCCAAUUCAGGGAUCUGCCUGAGCUAUGAAGUUUGGUUUGCUUUGGGCACCUACACAGGUUAGCCACCAUCAGUUGUCAUCAUCCAAGUUUCGACGCGAAGAAUAUCAUAAUCUACCAUCCUAUACCAUCAGCAGUAACAACUUCUGUGAAAUCAAUUUCAGGGGCUAUUUUCCAUUUAGCCAUUGUAUAUACUUGCUAAGUUCUACUUCAUCAAGAACAAUGAAAACCGAGUUUUUUCAGUGUAAAAUAUAGUACUCUUGAUGUGUUCGAACUUUUUAGAAGUAUCAGCUUGGUGGCUUGACUGUCAUCAGAGCAACUUCUGUAGCUAACGUCAGUUUAAAAUAAAUAAAAAGGUCUUUUUGGUUGGUUUUAAGGUU